UUGUAUUUCUAAAAUAAAACUUCCUACUUAAGCAGCUCUUCAAAUCUCUGAUUUUUGUUUUUACUUCAAUAAAUAUUUGGGAUUUUCUUCUCGACUUCGUGAUUAUCGUUUCAUAUUUGGAAUGGGAAGUUUUUGAGUAACGGAUUAAGGUAAAAUUUCAGUUUCGGGUUUUACUGGGAUUUUUGUUUUUUAAAAAAAAGGGUAAAAGAAACGAUAUGGCACCAGCUACUAACUGGCUUUCCUUUUCACUAUCUCCAAUGGAAAUGUUGAGGUCAUCUGAAUCUCAGUUCAUGUCUUAUGAAGGCUCUUCUACUGCUUCUCCUCACUAUUUGAUCGAUAACUUCUAUGCUAACGGCUGGGGAAACUCGAAGGAAGCACAAGUAGCAACAACAAUGGCGGAGACUUCCAUUCUCACAAGCUUUAUAGACCCAGAAACCCAACACCAUCAUGCGCCUAAACUUGAGGACUUUCUUGGCGAUUCAUCAUCCAUAGUUCGCUACUCAGAUAAUAGCCAAACAGAGACUCAGGACUCAACUUUGACUCACAUCUAUGAUCAGGGCCCUGCUGCUUACUUCAAUGAGCAACAAGAUCUUAAAGUGAUUGCUGGGAUUCAAGCUUUUUCAACCAACUCGGGUUCGGAGGUUGAUGACUCGGCCUCAAUGGCCCGGACUCAGCUUGGUGGCGGUGAGUUUGUGGGCCACUCAAUUGAAUCGUCUGGAAACGAGUUGGGUUUCUCUAGUUGCACUGGUGCAAAUAAUGCUUUGUCACUCGCGGUUAAUAAUAAUAAUAAUCAGAGCUCUGCAGAGAAAUCUAUUGUUCCUGUUGAAUCUGAUUGCCCUAAAAAGAUUGCUGAUACUUUUGGCCAAAGAACUUCAAUUUACAGAGGAGUUACUAGACACAGAUGGACAGGUAGAUAUGAAGCGCAUCUAUGGGAUAACAGCUGUAGAAGAGAGGGUCAGGCCAGAAAAGGGCGUCAAGUAUACCUAGGUGGAUAUGAUAAGGAAGAAAAGGCAGCCAGAGCUUAUGAUUUAGCAGCUAUGAAAUAUUGGGGCCCCACUGCAACUACCAACUUCCCUGUUAGUAAUUAUACCAAAGAAUUGGAAGAGAUGAAAUAUGUGUCCAAACAAGAAUUCAUAGCUUCACUGAGGAGGAAGAGUAGUGGGUUUUCAAGGGGAGCCUCUAUAUACAGAGGUGUUACAAGACAUCAUCAACAAGGACGUUGGCAAGCUAGAAUCGGUCGUGUUGCUGGAAACAAAGACCUUUACCUUGGCACAUUUGCCACUGAGGAAGAAGCGGCUGAGGCAUAUGACAUAGCAGCCAUAAAGUUUCGGGGUAUGAAUGCAGUGACCAAUUUUGAGAUGAGCCGGUAUGAUGUUGAAGCUAUCAUGAAAAGUGCUCUCCCCAUAGGUGGGGCCGCGAAGCGCUUAAAGCUCUCACUAGAAGCAGACCAGAAACCAACACUGAACCACCAUGAACAACCUCAAGGCAGCAGCAAUAGCAGCAACAAUAUCAGUUUUGCUUCUAUUCCACCAGUCUCAGCUAUUCCUUGUGGUAUCCCUUUUGAUAACACAACAGCACUCUAUCAUCACAACCUCUUCCACUACCUUCCAUCCGGUAAUAACUUGGGUGGAACCGAUUCUUCUGGCUCCACCUCAUCGAUGGGGAUUCCAAUGACUACAUUGCCUCAAACAGCUGAGUUUUUUAUAUGGCCUCACCAAUCUUAUUGACCAAAGCAGUUUUGACUAAAGAAAUUUGGCUAACAUGUAGCGAAAGCAGCCAUCUUCUGGCUGGAAAACAUUGCUGACUGUCUUACCUUUAAUGUAGCUCUUAAUUAACCAUGGCAGUAGUAGGAAAGACAAGACAGGAAGUUUUUAUGUUUUAUUGUUUUCCUUUUUGGCGUUUAAUGGACGGCUAAGGUGCAAGUUACAGUAGGAUGCUGGAUUUUGUAAGUAACUUCUCUUAAUAUGUUGUCUAGAUGAGACAUGUUGAAUGAUAGGGGCAUUUAGUUGCGGAAAGGUUCAUUGUCUUCCAAUUUACCAGCCUUGGAGUUGCUCAAUCUUCACAGAUCAAACAUGUUAGAGGAAUUGGCUAUUCCAUUCCAUUUCUCUCUGUUUCCCAA